AUUGAAAAAGCGCCAUACAAAUAAAUUUGGUUCUUUUUCGUAUUUAUUAAACACAAAUGUGCAAUUUACUAUAAUUUUAAACUGUUUCAUUUAUAAGUUCAUUUAAUAAAGUUUGUCCUGAUAAUAUUUUAAGUGAGAUGGUUCUUGUAAUGAGUUAAAGAAGUGUUGAAAACUUUCAUGAUUUGUUUUCAACUGUGAUUUGAACAAUAUUUGACAAUUUAAAAUGGCGGCCUCUUUUGAACUUAUUAUUGUUGUGGUUUUAUUUUGUGAUUCUAUACAAUAAACGCCCGUGAUAACAUAUAUAAAGGAAGCAGUUUAUAUAUAACGCAAAAAUGGACCACCACUUAGAUGACUCGCUUAACUUUGACAGUACCAUGGCAGUGGAUUUUGAACAACCUAUAGAACAAGUAUGUAGCCCGCCAGACUUAAAUCUAGUUGGUGUACAAGAAAUACCAAUGGAGUUUGAGGAUGGUGAAAAUAAACCAAUAAUCCUGGAAACAGAAUCUGAAGAAAUAAUAAUUUCUGAUUAUAUGGACGGUCAGUUUGAUUUGCAAGAUUUUCAAACGGAACAAAGUAGUUCAUCCAAUGUGGGUCACAAUGAGCAAAUAUUAAAUGUAUCAUCACAGUCGGAAACUAUGCUGGAUCUGCAAUUGAAGCCACAAAUCGUCAUAGCACCUCAGCAGUUGCAUAAUUUAAAACCUGUUGUUAUACAAAAAUUACCUAUAAAGCCAUUAAAGAAAGUAGAAAAUACUGCACCACGUCAAGUAGCAAUAGCUCCGAAACCACCAAAAUUGGCGAAGUUAUUCACACAAGGCCCACCAGUAUCACUCGCGCCCAAACUAGUCCCUGUGAUUGCGAGUAAAAAUGUCAUCAACAAGGCAUCUAUCGCAAGCCUACUACAAGGAAAUUCAUCAGGAAAAACCGUCUUAGCACAAAUUGGUAAGCAGAUUAUGAUGGUCCCGGCAAGCACUCAAAAACUAAAAGUGGUGUCCUCGCAAAAUAAUGUGCAGCAAUAUAUCAGAGCUAGCCAGGAACAGGCUCAGAAUUUACUCACGGGAAAUAUGAUGUCAGCAAUAAAACCCAAAACAGUGAAAGUUGUUUCUUUACAAGGUCAAACAAAUGAUGUUGCAAAUGCACCAACAAAGCUUACCAAGAUACUGCCAGCCAACCAUAAACUGCAACAGGCGCGGUUUGUAACAGUCCAACAAAAAUCACUCAACCCUGUGCCUUUGUCAAUAGGAGAUAAGAUUUUAAUGCCUCCAAAGAACAUCAAGAUUGCUAAAAAGCAAGAGAUAAUACCCGUCAAGCCGGCAGCUCCUGGAACAUUGUUACCUCUGGCACCUAAAGCUGUACCCACGAAGAAAGUCGUCAUAAGUACCAGCUCAUCUUCAAAUGUGAUACUAGCGCCAACAACCUCGGCCAAACCUAAUCCUACACAGGUAACGAAAGAUAUGGUGUCAGAUGUUCAACAAUCACAGCUUCAUCAAAUCAAUGUGCCAGGGAAAGGGGUGAGGUAUGUGCGUCUCAUAACCAACCCGGCUGGAGGAAAGGCCUCGAUAAAACCCCAGAAAAUUUUCACCGUUCCUCUGUCUGACUCCAAAACGGUGCUCGGUCAACCUCAACAGAAGCUGGUAAGAUUGACGCCCGUUGGUAAUACAUCGACUGCGAUCACGCCAACCGCAUCGCGCCCUUCACAGAGCCUUCUCGUGCCUUUAAGCUCAUUAGCCGAAUCGAAAAGUAUAGAAAUUGAAGUCCAGGAAGAAACACCCAAUACAGAGUGCGGCAAGAAGGAGCAGGGACAUGACUGCAAGGACGCGCUUAGAGCCCUGAUAGAAACCACCAUGGGGGAUGAUGCAGGAGUUAACCACGAGGUCGACGUGGAGUAUAGGAAACAAACGGUGCAGAGUCCGGUGAAAAUGGAACCCGAGAAGGACACUGAGAUGGUGGUGAAUGAUGAUGAGCAGCAUCCACUGAUCGUGAUCCCGGCGGCCUUCGAGCACAUUGUGGAAGUACAGAGCGAGAACGACCAGAACAUCUCGUCGGAAUCACUAUCGCAUAGCAACGACAUGUUGAGACAAGAUGACACAUAUGACUCCAUGAGAUAUGACUCUAUCAACAAUGAUUUGUCAGCUUCGGAACAAGAUAUGAACCCUUCGGAGAUGGUGCUGCGCAUGCGCAAGCCUUGCAACUGCACCAAGUCGCAGUGCCUGAAGCUGUACUGUGACUGCUUCGCUAACGGCGAGUUCUGCAACCGCUGCAACUGUAUCAACUGCCACAACAACCUGCAGAACGAGGAGCUACGACAGAAGGCCAUCCGCGGCUGUCUCGACAGGAACCCUCUAGCUUUCAAGCCCAAAAUAGGCAAAGCGAAAGGUCCAGAAACAAUAAGGAGGCACACUAAAGGAUGUAACUGUAAAAGGAGUGGAUGUCUCAAGAAUUAUUGUGAAUGUUUUGAGGCUCGUAUAGCGUGUACGGCGAUGUGCAAAUGUGUGGGGUGCCGCAACGUGAGCGACUGUAUGGAGCGAGCGAGGCCUCGCGUGGAGCCUGUACGGGACGCACCUCCCCAGCGGGGCGCUGCCCCUACCAAGGACCCCUGCAGUUUUAUGACGACCGAGGUGAUUGAAGCUGUGUGCCAUUGCCUCGUGGCCGCCGGGAUGGAGAGCGAGAAGCUGAACGCGGAGACGGGCGAAGCAGACCCAAUGCGGGUCGUAAUUGAGGAGUUCGCACACUGUCUGCAGGACAUCAUCAGCGUGUCGCAGUACGCGAGGCAAGACGAGAGUCCCGCGUGACGUCAUCGUAGCAACGACGCAAACGCGCCGCCGCAACUGAUUCCACUUUGGUGUUGAGUUUGAACUCACGCUGCCGCUUAGCGUAAAUAACAUUAUAUAGUAUAUAAGUGUAUACUCAAUGUACAUACGUUGCAUAAUAUGCAAUAUCUUAUAUUUAAGUGUUAUGUAACUCGUUUUAAUUUGUAUAUUCUUUGGUUAUUGACUUGUUAAUUGUUAUGGGAAUAAAGCAGUCUUAGGGAACGCGCUUAUAUAUUAUAUACGUCUAAAUAGUGCCUCUUGUUGUUUGGUAAUGCAUGAGAACAG